CACAUUUGUUAAUAUGGCGACUACAACUGAAGCAAAUGGAGGAAACCAGAUUAUUGCCGAUGUGAAGGACUAUUAUGGAAAGGUGUUGAAAAGUUCUGACGAUCUCAAGACACCCGUAUGCUGUACCCGGCCUCUCAAUAUGUCCAAGAACGUUCGGGAUGCUUUGGCGCAGAUCCAUGAAGAGGUUCAAAAUCGGUACUAUGGCUGUGGGCUGUGUAUCCCUACAUGUCUAGAAGGUGCUAAAGUGUUGGACCUUGGAAGUGGAGCUGGGCGUGACUGUUACCUUCUGAGUAAGCUGGUUGGUGAAAAUGGUCAUGUGACCGGAAUUGACAUGACAGACGAACAGCUAAAUGUUGCCAGGAAAUACAAAGACUUUCACAGUCAGCUCUUUGGUCACAAAUCCAGCAAUGUGGAAUUUUUGUUUGGCUACAUUGAAAAGCUAACAGAAGCUGGUAUUAAAGAAAAUUUUUUUGAUAUAAUUGUUUCCAACUGUGUUGUAAAUCUGUCGCCUGAUAAAAAAACAGUUUUGCAAGAAGCCUUCAGAGCUCUGAAAGAAGGAGGAGAGCUGUAUUUUAGUGAUGUGUACGCGGACAGGCCUGUUUCAGAAGACUUGCGUCAGAACAAAGUUCUAUGGGGUGAAUGUUUGUCUGGCGCCCUCACAUGGACGGAUUUAGUUAACUUCGCAAAAGAGGUUGGAUUUUCUCCGCCACGUCUUGUUUCAGCUGCUCCUAUUGAUAUCACAAAUCCAGAGAUUGUCAAACUUGUAGGUGACAUGAAGUUCAUCUCUGUGACGUGUCGGUUGUUCAAACUACCAGCCAAUAAGGAACCUUCCGGUGAGGUGAUAUAUGAGGGUACUGUAACUGAUCAUCCAGACAGCCUGAACAUGGAUAUUUCCUCAACAUUUAAGGCGAAUUGCCCUUCUUAUGUUGACAGCACCAUGGCAACAAUUCUCAAAUGCAGUCGCUAUGCAGAUGAUUUCACCUUUAAUACUGGUGGCCCAUCAGAGGCCAAGAAAGCUUGCCAGCCACAGAAACUUGAUUGUACAAUGGAUCCAUUUGUGUACCUUGAGACAAAGCCUGUAGCCUCUGGAUGUGGGCCUAAAUCUAGUGGAAAAUGCUGCUAAGCUAAAAGAGAUGGAAAUUGCUAAGCUUAGAAAAUGAAGAUGAAUAAGCUCGAUAUUUCACCAAUCUUUGAAAGAGAGCAGUUGAAGUUAAUUGUCUUAAUAAUCCUGCCCAAAUGUAAUAAAUUCAUUAAAAUGAUAUUAAAUGGUUUAUGGUAUAAUAGUAUAGCUAUAUGUUUCAGAAUGUUUUGAAACUAUGCUUUCUGACAAAUUCUGAUUUUUAAAAUUAUGUACAGUAAGUUUUUUACAUGAUUCAUUCAUUACAUGCCUCACAUAGUUAACAUAAUCAAUGUAACAAUUUGAAUUUGUUUGUGAUACUGUUUAAUUGGUACAGCUACAGUAGAGGUAUAUACCCACAUUUAAAACCUUUUUUUUUUUCGUUCUAUCCCAUCUUGCUUAAUUAAUUACUAUCCAUGCUGCAGUUUAACAGAUUAAUUCGGAAAUGAUAUACAGUAUUUAAAUUUCACCACUGUGUUUCCUAAUUGAAGAAUUAUACGUUUCAAAAUGAAAAAUAUGAUGUGGAAGUCCGAACUCCUGUCUUCAGCGAAUCAUAAUGUGGUCAACUUCUUGUUUUCUGUCGAAGGGUUUUGUGUCCCUUACUUUCAUUUUUUGAAUAAAUUGAUAAACAAUAAAAAUUAUAUCAGCGUGGAUACUGGUAAUGUACAGUAUUUGACUUACUUCCUAGAUGCAAUGUUCCCAGAACGCCACCGUCUGGGGCAAUGUAUGCACAGCACAUCAAUUAAGAAUUUGGGACGCUGUAGUUAUGUUUUGUUAUGUAUAGAUAUAGCCAGGUGUCAUGAAUAUUGCCCAUAUUUAUUACUAGACAGUUUUAAUUCACUAUCUGUUUCCCCAGCCAUGCCUUGACUUGUAACAAGCAACAACAUUGCUUUCCCUACUCCUUCUACGACUGUUCCAUCGUUUCCGAUCAUUUUGCUCCAAUACCGAACUAAACACUACAUGCACAAUUCUUCACUACAACUAAACACAACGUGCACCAUUUUUCACUACAACUAAACUCUACAUGCACCAUUCUUCACUACAAUUAAACACUACAUGCACCAUUCUUCACAACUAAACACUACAUGCAACAUUCUUCACUACAACGACUAAACACUACGUGCACCAUUCUUCACUACAACUAAACACUAUGUGCACCAUUCUUCACUACAACUAAACACUACAUACACCAUUCUUCACUACAACUAAACACUACGUACACCAUUCUUCACUACAACUAAAAACUACAUACACCAUUCUCCACUACAACUAAACACUACGUGCACCAUUCUUCACUACAACUAAACACUACGUGCACCAUUCUUCACUACAACUAAACACUACAUACACCAUUCUUCACUACAACUAAACACUACGUGCACCAUUCUUCACUACACCU